CUUCAAGAUGGCGGCUCUUGCUGACUUAGUUGCCGCAUCACUAAUCGAGAGAGACAGGAGUGGGGAUGUGCUGUGGACGUGGUCCUACCCUUCUGUAAGUCAGGAGCAGCGUGAUGUCUUCACCAGGAAGUCCCAGCUGUCCGCCGACCCCGCCAACAUUCCCCCGUUUGUGUACGGGCAGUGGCGCCGGCAGUGGUACUACAUCAAGUCUGCUCAGGUGCAGGACGGAGACCCACUGCCUAAGGUGACACACUUCUCCCUAGUCAUCGUCUCUAAAGACUUUAACCCAGAGAAGUACGAGACAUUUUCCCGUAUCCUGUGCAAGGCGUAUGCUCGCACGGGCAGCCCGGCCGCCAUGCUGCAGUUCUACCUCGCUGUCGUCACGCGCGGCUCCUGUCAGAGCGAGGAAAACGGAACCUUCCUCGUGAAGGAGUUCGACCCCAGGAAAGCGUACGCUGCGGGGUCUGUCAAAGACCUAGUGAGCAGGUUUGGAGUGGAGAGUAUCCUGAUCUACACAGCCGUCCUUCUCAAAAAGAAACUGGCCGUCUACCAUCCUCACCUGGACGGCCUCCUCCAAACUGUCAGAGCAUUCCCCGCCUUUGUAUGGCACAGACAAAACUGGAACAUCCUGUACCCUAACGUUGAUCUUGUAGAGGAAGAGUUGGAUGACCUGAAGUCGUCAGGACACUACAUCGCUGGUUUUACAGACCCAAUGGUGGAGAGCAGGACGGAUCUGUACGACGUGUUUGUGAACCUGUCUGACAGCGAGGUUUCAGUCGCACCGCAGGCAAAAGAAUCCAUGGCGAUGGGUAAGAUCCACAAAGACAUCGCCAUGGCGAUGGUGCAGUGUGCAGAGGAUGAUGGGAUGGAGAACCAACAGGUCAUCAAGGAAAUUGCAGUGAAGACAAAAGAGCUGCUGAACAAGGUCAAGUCCUUGGCCACCCCUGCCGAAGAGGGUGGGAAACCCCUCAUCACCCUGGAUGCCCUGAGAGAAAGAAAGAUGGCGCCGGCCAACGAGAACUUCUUAUUCAGCCUGGCAGCGGCAGAGGGGCUAGCAGAACUCUGAUAGGAACACCACCGUUGGAUACAAUAAAAUUAGGACAUUUGUAUAAUAUCUUCCAAAAAAGUGAUUAUGAUGGAAAUAGAAAAACUAUGUACACUGUAUUAUGAUAUAAAGAGGAAAGUACAUGAUGAAAUUUGAAAAUUUGUAAAAUAGCUUUCAAGUGAAUGAUUAUGACAAAAAUAGGAACACAAUGAAGACUAAAGUACAUGUAUGAUUGUAAAAUUUGAUACUUAGUUCAUGUAACGUUAUCCCACCUAGAAUCUCUUUGGAAAUUUUGAAAAUAGUUUCCUGGGUCAAAGCCACAACAUAUUGUUAGAGAUGCAAUAAAUGUUACUCUGUUAGAUACAUGUAUAUUGUAUUUGCAUUCCAAAUUUAGAUGUUUCAUCAUAUACGAAUAAGUAUGACUUAUGCUGUCAAAUGUUGAAUACAAACUGUACUGUUUUGUAAGACAGUUUCUAUUA